AUGUCGACUUCCCAAGUACGACCGCCAACACCUCUUUCUGAAUAUGGACCCUCACUUACACCUCCGACUGCUGAAGAAAUUAAUCUACGCUACUUAUCUGUAGAAUCAAGUGAGAAUACUGGUCCUCUGCUAGUACGCAUGUCAGAGAAUGCUAUUGCUACUACGGAAACAGAAGAACCAGACAGCGACACCUGUGUCUCGCCAUGUGACCUCAUAAGUGUUUAUUUGGUUCUUAUUGUCAAUGCUACGUUGAUGUCAGCUGUAAUAAUAACAUUGAUUCAACUAAUAAUG